AUGGAAAAUUCGAGAAAGAUUGUGGUGAUGAAUGUGGUGGUGAUCAUAGGGUGGCUGUCGUUGUAUCCUUUGGUGGUCAUUGGAGAUCCAAUGCUUCAUAAGGUGGAAGGUCCAAUGGUUCAUAAGGUGGGAGGCUCCAAAGGAUGGAAACCGGAUGUGAACUACACUGAAUGGUCUUCUCAUGAACAUUUCUAUGUUAAUGAUUGGCUCAAGUUCAAUUUUGACAAACAUCUCUACACUGUUCUGGAAGUGAACAAAACAAGCUAUGAGAAUUGCAUAGAUAGGAACUUCAUAAAAAAUUUCACGCGGGGUGGUCGUGAUGUGGUUGAAUUGAAGGAGGCAAGAACAUACUACUACCUCUCUAGUGGAGGAUACUGUUUUCAUGGCAUGAGAGUUGCUGUUCAUGUUGAAGAACACCAACAUGCUGCAGCAUUAGCACCAGCUCCAUCAGAGAUGAAAUCUGGUUCUAUUUUGCCCUCUGUGUACACCUGCAUUUGGAUUAUUGUUGCUAAUGUGAUUUAUGUGAAUUUGGUGCAAAUGGGCACUUUGUAA